CAAACACCCACUCCCAAGCUGUGGAAGUGAUUCUUUCGCGCUCUAGAUCCUACAUUGUCCCAGUUAGCUAUGUUAUGUUAUGAUUUUAGUGAAAUAAUUAAUUGGAGUAGAUUGAAUUGAUUGCCUACGGUUUUGCGACAUGUAGUGAGAUUUAGCUAUCCUUACAUUAGUUAUCCCCAAUUUUGCACGUAAUGUGGAACUCUUAUGUCAGUGAAAGUUUUUAAAUCGAAAGGAACAAACACAUUCCACCAUAACCAUUCAAUUAAUUUAAUAUUGAUCUAAAAAUUUUCUAGUGAUUUUGCUGUUGUCAAUAUGCCUCGUGGAACAAGUGAUCAUUUGACUUUUUAUGAGUUAUGUUGUCUUUUUUGCUGUCCACCUUGUCCAACUCACAUUGCAGCAAAACUAGCAUUUGUCCCUCCAGAACCCACAUAUUCUCUCAAACCUGACGAGUCAGGGUCGAAUUACUCCUUGUUCCUCAACAGCCGAGCUGAAUGGCAAUUCACUAACGAAGAGCUCAAACUAAUGGAAGUUUUUUAUACCAGAACUUCGAAAGGUAAUCAAAUAGCCUGCAUGUUUGCUAAGUGCUCCCCUCUUGCAAAACAUACCAUCCUCUUCAGCCAUGGUAAUGCCGUAGAUUUGGGCCACAUGAGCAGCUUCUAUGUUGGACUGGGAUCGCGGAUUAAUUGUAAUAUUUUCAGUUACGAUUAUUCUGGAUACGGGCAGAGCGAAGGGAAACCGUCUGAAAAGAAUUUGUAUGCAGAUGUGGACGCUGCAUGGCAUGCCUUGCAAACCCGGUAUGGUAUUAGACCAGAAAAUAUAAUCUUAUAUGGACAAAGUAUCGGUACUGUACCAACCAUUGAUUUAGCUUCCAAGUAUGAAGUAGGAGGUGUGAUACUACAUUCCCCCCUCACCUCUGGCAUGAGAGUUGCCUUUCCAAACACAAAACGUACCUGGUUUUUCGAUUCCUUUCCUAGCAUAGAAAAAGUGCCGAAAGUGACCUCACCUGUUCUGGUUAUCCAUGGUACAAAUGAUGAAGUGAUAGAUUUUUCACAUGGUCAAGCCAUUUAUGAGCGUUGCCCCAGAGCUGUUGAACCAUUGUGGGUAGAAGGAGCAGGCCAUAACGAUAUCGAGCUCUAUGGACAAUAUGUUGAGAGACUUCGUAAAUUUAUAAAUGAAGAACUCUCCACUUAGUAUUUUCUACAUAUUUAUUAGCUGUCAGAAACAGCAUAUCACCAUUAAGUAUGUACUAAGUGCAAAGGCAUCAAUGAAUAUGAAUGAUUUCCAUUAGUGCUAAAAAUGACUUCAUAUUUAUACUUUUUUCAAUUAUUUAUUAUAUAAAUUACAUAUUUUUUACUUAAAAGAUUAUUUUAGAGUUAUUGGAAUAUUUAGAGAAUAGAUUUCUUUCAGUUUUGUGUAGUGUUUUGCGAUUUCGUUUGUAAUUCAAAUUUUGAUUAAAAGGUGUUUCUCGAAUGCGAUCCUAAUAGACUUUUCUCCACAAAUAUUUUAAAAUAUAUUACUUAUUCAGUCUUGUGUUCAGAUAUUUAGUGUUCCUAUUUUUUAAGUUGUUCCUAUUUUAAGAAUUUUGCCUGCUAUUUUGCAUGAUUUGACAUUGAUUGGUUUUUAAUAAGCAUAUAGUAAAUUAGAGUAAUCAGAAACUUUUCUAGAAUUUAAAAAAAAAAAAAUAUAUAAUAUUGUGCUACUUAAAUAGAUUUAAAUUUUAUUGAAAUAAAACUUUUCUUUAAUAAUAAUUUGUGUUUAUAACUUUGCAUUGAUUUUAAUGAAGUUUUAGUAGAGCUGUCUAACUUAAAUGACAAUCUGCUGAAAUAAAAUUUUUUUUAUUUCAAAGUGCUAGGAAAUAAAAAUGGUUCACAUUUUGUUUUUGAAAUUAGUUCACAUUUUGUUUCACAUUUAUUUUUUACUAAAGUUGAGCUAUAUUUCUUUAAAUACAAAUAUCAUUGUUUAAAAUGCGUUGACUAUGUUGUGAUAUUAAAAUAUAAAUAAAAUAACUAGUAAAAAAGUUAAUGAAUUAAUAGUUUUUUUUUAUUAGGUCAAAUUACUAAAUUUAUUAAAUAUGCAUCCAAAGAAUUUUUCUUAUUUUGUGUUUAUUUACUUGCUAUUCAAAGUAAUCAUCAUGAUUACUGUAAAUAUCAAAUUUGUCAUUUGACCAAAUAGCGUUUAUUUAUUGACUGUUGAUAACUAAAGACAGUAGGUUUUAAUUAUUAACAAUUCAUACUAAUUUUCUAACCAUAAACAUAAAUUAAAGGGGAAAAAACAUAAAUUUAAAAAAAAAUUCAAAUAAAAAGAUUUUUUUAAAUGUAACCUUAAAAAUUUAAUUUUUUUUUUUUUGGAAGGUAAAAUACUGUAUAUUUGAAUACAACAUGAAAGUAUAGUUUUUACUUUUAAUGUAUUUUAACACUAAAUACUUUUUAUAGUUGUAAUUAAUCUUAUAACUAAAUCUAGCCUUAAAUAACUUUGAUAACGAUAAUAUAAAUUGCCAUUAUUUUUAAUGGGUGAUGAAUCUCCCCCUUAUUUCUUUGAAGAAAAUUAUAGCAUUACGAAAAUAUGAAUGAUAAAUACUUAAGUUUUAUUGAAUUAUUUUAUAAAUUUCGGAUUUUUGUGUAAGAUAAUAAUUUAUAUCUAAGUUAUUUCUUUGAUACGUAAAUGAUUAAUUAUCAUUUCUACUUAAAUGCUGACGUAUGAGUUUAAUGUACCAAACGUUUUGAUUUGACUAAAAAUAUUUUUCAUAUCUAUCUAUCUAUAUAUUCACUUAAAUUAUUUAUAAAAUAAUGAUUUUCUAUUCUACUUUUUAUGUGUGAAACUUUGUUAGACUGUGUUUUAUUAAAAUUAAUUUAUUAUAUUCUUUGAACAGUUAUAAAAUUUUAAAUAUUUUGUUCUUUUAACUUCCAUUGUCACAAAAUACUUUUUUUAUUUAUCUAUAAAUUUUUCUAAAUAAUUAUAAAAAGAUUACCAACUAAAUUCAGCAAUUAUUAGUCUGUUCCUUUAAAUCUGUGUUGGUGGAAAUAUGAUGACUUGAUGCAUUAGUUGAUUUAUUCAUCUAGUUGAUAUAUUUGCCUUAAACAUGUAAAUAUUGUCCUGCUGUCACAAGAAGUGUUCACAUGAUUUUGGUUACUAAAGUUAGAGAGGUUAAUAAUUUCAAAUAGGAUUGUGUGAUCAACCAUUUUGCUUUGGCAUAAGUCAGUAGGGAUAAAGAAAAUUACCAUCUAAAUUGUUCUUAAUUAGUUUUAAAAGCUGUACAAAAAUCAAAUUAAACAAAUACUACAUUUUGGUUGUGUAUGUUUAUCAACAGAAAAUUGAAUCGGUGUCUUUUUUUAUAUAUAUACACUUAUUAGAAAUUGGGUUUCAUUUUUUUCUCCUCUUCAUAAAAGCAAAUACCUUGCAAUUUUUAUCUGAAAUUCUUAUUAUGGCAGGACAGUACCUAUGUGGUCAAAAUUCAUUGUUGGCUUUUCAUGCUGAUAGUGCAAAAAUCUAUUUUAACAAUAUAUUCAUUAAAACAAUAUAUUCAUUUCAUUAAUCAUCAAAUUUGAAUGAGCUCAUAUCAUUCUUCAUAUAAUUUUUGUCUUGAUUAGCUUUUUACAAUUUUUUUACGUUCAAAUAUCUGUACCUUUUCUUAUUAAUAAAGUUUUCAAAACAUGCUAAUUUUCUGCUACCCUUUUUCAUUUUUACAGAUAUUGUUCUGAUUGUAGAUAUUUCUGUUGAAAUUACUAGGUCACAAAUUCAAUAAAAAGAUGUAACUGAUUCUAUUUAAAUUACCCUUCAUGUUGAUUUGUUACAGAUUUAAAUUUAUUUUUGUUUAAAUUGAAAUUAAGUUUUAAGUUCAAAAUAUUAUUCAUACAAUAGCGAGUAAAGUUUGCAUUUCUGGAAUGGUUUGCAUAGGUUUUAAUAAAUAAAAAAUUUUCAAUGCCUAGGUAUUCUUAAAAAAAACCUUCUGGGUUGUUAGGAUGUAAAGGUUCAACUAUUGAACCUUUACAUCCUAAUGUGAAGUGUGAAGUGUAGUGUAAUUUCUUGUGAAUUGUAAUUUCAGUUUUAAAAGAUAACAUACUAGUUGAAAUUCAAAAUUAAAAGAAACAUUUAUCUGUAUGAUUUGCUUUUUUCUAAAUUAGUAAAUAUGAAUGACUUUGUAUGAAAAUUGAGAACAAUUAAAAAAUUGAAAUUUUGUAGAUUUACUGUUUUACUUUCAAGAAUGUGUUAAACUAAGCUGUUAUAUAAAUAAAAUUAAUAAGUUCGAAAUAGAGAAAAAUAGUUUUUUUUUUAUAUAUACACAUUGGUGUAAUUUUUAAAAAUAAUUAUAUUUUAUUGUGUGAAAUUGCUGCUAACUUUAAGUAAAGUAAUGUUAUAAGUGUUGUGAUAAAGAGCUUUUUAUUUAUAUUGAACAUUUUGUAUAAUUUUUUCAGUACUUAUAAUGAAAUUUCGUUUACAGCAUUUUAUAAUCUUCCAUUGGAAUGGUGGUUGAUCAUCUUCACUCUUUUUAUGAGCAUUUGUUUUUAUUAUAAAUUAUUUUUGUCAUUUUAAAUUUUAUGUAGCUUUAUCAGGGGUGCACAACCUUUAAAAAAAUUGAAGUAGUUUUUUAACUUUUUUGGUGGAAGUUUUUAGACAAUGUAUAUGAAUCACAUUUUCAAUUUUUUACAUAAUUCAUUGAACUCCAUCUCUUUUAAGCAUGUUUUGCUUACAGAAAAUCUUUUUUUUUAAAAUAGUGAGAUGUUGAAUAGAAUUAUAAUGUUGUAAUUUCAGUAUUUUUCUUAAGGAGUAUUGAAGUUAAAUCCAAAUACAAGUUUAAAAUUUCUUAUGCUUGCAAGGUGACAAUUAUUGAGCUAUGUGAAAAUAAAAAGUUAAAUUUUCUGAAACUACUUCAAGUUCUAACAUGUUGUUCACAUUUUAAAUGCAAGUGCAGAUGUACUUAAUGACAUGUUCAAUGUGAGUGCCUUCAGUGGCUAUGAUAUGGCUCAUAUAUAUGCUGACUUUUUCAAAAAUUGCUGUAUUGUCUAGAAUUCAAUUCAACACCUUUCUUGUUUGUUUUAUAACGAUAAUGGUUACUUCCUAAGCAGCAGGUCUAGGUUGUUUGCAUAAACUUUAUUUUAAUAUUGCUUCACAAAAAUGUUUCAAUUGUUUCAAUGGGUGGAAGUCAAAAGAAUUAAUAAGCUCUAAUUAUAAAUUUUUUUAAAAGGGGAAACAACCCUGCAUUUAACUGCCAAGUUAUGACUUAAUUUCGCUAACCUUUCAUCAGUUAAAAAUACUUUUUUUUAAAAAUAUAAUUCAAUGAUUGCCAUGCUGUUUGUAGUUUUUGUUAAUGAAUUUUUGUUCUAAACUUGAGGAGGCAUUUAGCGGUAGGUUGUGCGCCCCUACUUUAUGUUGCUAAUAGAACUACUAGGUAAGCUGUUUUGUUUUGAUGAUCUUACUUGGGAUACUUGUUUGUGAAGUGUUUUCCAAUAAAUUUCUGUUGUAACUGUUUCACCUUUCAGUAUUUGUUUUGUAGUGAUACUACCUGACUUUUCUUUUAAUUUGUAUCUAUUCUCAGUGGGAUCAAAUGCAAAAAGUACUAUAUAUAUAUAUAUAUUUGUAUAGGUUUUGAACAUGAGACUUAAUAUGUUGUGUGAUGUUUUAUAAUAUACUUUUGUGUUUAUUUGUAUUAUUGAUCUGCAUUCUUUUUCAUAUCAUGAAUUGUAUCCGUUUCUGGUAGAAAAAAAAAUAUUCAUACCGUGUGAAGUGAAUAAAUAUUCGAAAUUUGUAAA